CGUUGACCCAAACCGGGUUCAUCACACCUUUACAAAUUCAGCUGAAGAACUCCGUCACUAUUCCCAGUUUCUCUCAAUUUCAUACCCACAUUCUUCGAUUCCGAUCGUAUUCUCUCCAUCUCCAAACUAAUCUGAUCAGAUUUCAUCUUCUCAAUCAAGCAUAAACAACCUUUCAUCUUCUCAAUCAAAAUCGAUUUCGUUUCAAUUCCGUUUUGGUAGUCGUUUUCGAAGAAUUAGGGUUUGAAGAGCAUCAACAAUGGUGCCUUCACUCCAAUUCUUCUUCACUUAUUUCACUGCAUCGUUUAAUUGUAACAGUUCGUGUUGUUCGCAUCGUUUGAAACGUUGUAUCGAGAAAGGCGAUCGUCGUGGUAAUCUUAGUUAACACUCAGCCUAUUAUUCGUCCUUUUUUAGUUAUAAUCAGCAUCUAUAGCCUUUAUUCUGGUGUAAUCUGUUCUAUCUCUGUUGUUUUCUGCUUUUUUAUCACUGUAUCCUGUGUUUGAGACUGGAAUUUAGGUCUCGUAAGUGUAAAUCGGAGUUUAAUCUCGCGAUUGAUAAGUAGAAACCGCUAUUAGACGUUCUGGAUUGUCUGGAUUCAGAUCUGUGUUGAAGUUUGGUGUAAACAACUCUGAUUUGACUCUGAAGGCCCGCGUUUUUUUUGCGCCUUGCGCCUAGGCCCCAGGCGAGGCCUAUGCGCCUAACUAUGGUUUGAAGAAAGAGUUUCGUGUUGUGUUAUAUACAGUGUUAUUAAUGGGGCUGAACACUGAAAGCGUGUCAACACACACAUUUGUAGUUUUCUGGACUCCACGGUGACCUUCGACAAAUGUUAUAUUAUCCAACAAAAAUCCUCUUAACUGCAAACACCUAAGUUACAAACCAUUGACAUGACUUGAGGCAUUGAGCUGUGUAGUUUAAUUCUGACCACUUAUGUCUUUCAGCUGCCAUCUGGUGGCAAUGGAUAUAGACGUGUCAGCCUCUAUUGAUGUAAACAAAAGCCAUGGGUUGUCUACACUUGAAUCUACCAAUGCCGACACCGAAGAUCUUUCUGUGAAUAAUCUCAGGAGUGAUGUAACCGAGUCUCUGAAUAUUGACAUACACGGGGUUACAGGUUCCAAACAACCAUAUGAUGAUUACGAUUUUCGAAAUGAAGACAAAGCCACCGAUCCAUCCUGCUCAUCUUCAACAUCUCUGCCUACGACUCCAAAGCCCGUAUCUGCCAUGAAAGGUAGCCGAGCGGGCCCACCUCAAAAGCUGACCGUGAAGUGGGCCCCAGAAGUCUAUGAUCCAGUUCCAACCUCAGUUUCCCAUGCAGUAACAAAAAACAAGCCAGAAAGGCAGAGCAAGAAGAACUCCAAGUCAAAGCACAAAAACGGAAGCAAGUCAUCACGUGGAAAUAAAAACAAACACAAAUUGGCGGGAAAAAUAGGAGGUGUUUAGUUACUUAAGAGUUUCCGCCAGCUGUCAUGGAGUUCCAUGUCAGAAUUUCGGUACGUCAUCCUUGGUUAAGGUUGUAUAUAUAAAGAAAAGAGAUCAAGUUCAUUUGGUCUGUGUGUGGAAACUUGGUUUCUGAAGAGGAUAAGUCUUUCUAUACCGCGGUUACUUAAUAUUUUCACGGAUUUGCGUGUAUAUUUUAGCCGGUGGAUAUGCUUUAUUUUUUGCAUGAUUGUGGUUUUUGCAAGUCUUUCUAUACCGCGGUUGCUAUAUAUUUUCGCAGAUCUGCGUUUAUGUUUUAGCCGUUGGAUAUGCCUGAUGAAGAUUUUUUACAUGAUUGAGUUUUUUUUUU